GUAUCACCGGAGCAAUGCUUGAAGUCACUCUCAUCAGCAACAAAGCGAAGCAACAGCAGCAGCAGCACUGACGUAAACCAUCCACCACAUCACCGGAAUCAUACGGACCAGGACCGACACCAUAUCGUCUCCUCCGCAGGACGUAUAGGAUGGAAACGGAGCGCUGAGAGAGACUGGGAUCGUGAUGAUGCUCGGACUCCAAUUCACGGCAACAUUUGAAAUGCGCGUUAAAUGGAGACUCAUGACGAGAGAUGCUGCAGGGUGCCGCAUUGCCUGGCCGCUUGAUGAUGGUAGGAUAGAACAGCGCUUUUAACCGUGAUGCUCGUUCUUAGAUGCUUUCGGGGUGGGAUUUGUAGUCGAUUGAAUGCCUCAGAUUUGAUCAUACGCAAACUAAGACGAUUUCAGCCUGCUUAAGCCAUACAUGCAUACACAUAUACAAUCGAUGAGCACGACCAGAUGAAUGUGAAUUUACGUUGCAGAACAAGCAUUAAUAAACCCACAAUACAGGUGAACUCAGAAGGAGUAUAUGAGGUGAACUAACAGUGUCUUAGCUUACACUCAGGACCAUCUCCGAAGUCAGGUUUUUAUUUGCAAGCACUGCAGUGAUAGGGCUCUUUAUGAUUGAUAUUUUCAUCAUCAGUUAGGUAAUAUACAGUGAUAGUAUAUACAGUCAGUCUUGGUUCAGUGCAAGGACAAUGACUCAUUUACAGGCAGGCCUGUCUCCAGAAACCCUGGAGAAAGCCAAGGUGGAGUUAAAGGAGAACCCCGACACUUUGCAUCAGGACAUACAGGAGGUUAGGGACAUGAUCAUCACCCGUCCAGACAUUGGCUUUCUCAGGACAGACUUGUACACUUUUGUGGAUAUUCUGCGAGCUAUUUUACUUUCUCUGGAGGCAAUGAUAGAAGACCCCGAGCUACAAGUAAAUGGAUUUGUCUUGAUCAUUGACUGGAGUAACUUCACUUUCAAGCAAGCUUCCAAGUUAACUCCAAGCAUGCUGAGAUUGGCAAUUGAGGGCCUGCAGCCUAUUCUGCCGUCUGAGCUGGGUGGCAUGCUGCCUCCUUACGACAUGGGCACCUGGGCCAGAACGUUGCUGGACCACGCGUAUGACGAAGAGACGGACUACUGCCCUGAAUCCUAUACCUUGUCUGUCAAAGACCUGGAGAAAGAUCUGUCCCCCAAAACUAUGAAAAGGUCCCAGUCUGUGGUGGAACCAGGUGUCCUGAAACGACCAGAGAAAGUGAAAAGCGAAGAAGAAAACAUGCAGCCGCUGCUUUCUCUGGACUAA